AUUGCUCUGACAUCCGACGGACGGUUAUGUGACUUCGGUUUGUCUAAAGAAGUGCAUGUAUUGAGUGAUGGAUACAAACAAACCGCUGAUUUCAAAGACAAUGUUAAUUAUAUGGCACCCGAAGGACAGACCACUGAAUACAACCAUUUAAUAGAUGUCUAUAGUCUGGCACUCAUUGGGGCGAAAAUAUUUGGUUUCGAUUCAAACGAUAUCAGAGACGGAGUAGAGUUAUGGAAAGAC